AAGCGGGCGGAGCGAGUCUGGUGGAUCAGUGGUAGCGAGGCAGCAGUGGAAGCAAGCAGUGAGCGAGUGAGUGUAGCAACAUGGCGGCGAAAGACUGCGUGAGCUCGGCGUUAAUUCUCAGUGCCCUUGUGGUGGUUGUGGCUGGCAUCUGUCGUGAUCAUGAGUUCCUCUGUGACGGAAACCGAUGCCUGCCCAAAAGGUGGAUAUGUGACGGAGACCCAGAUUGUGAAGACGGCAAAGACGAGAAGGCCGAGAACUGUGAUAGUGCAAAGCGUCAACAUGCCAGGGAGUGUGUGGCUGACGAGUUUACCUGCAACAGCUCUCACUGCAUCCCCAGCAACUGGAAAUGUGACGGACACGAUGACUGUGGCGAUGGAUCGGACGAGGUGGCGGAAAUUUGUGCCACGUGUGCGGCGGGGGAGUUUAAGUGUGUGAGUGACGGCCAGUGUGUGUCUGGAGACUACGUGUGUAACAAGAUGGAGGACUGUGAAGACGGCUCAGAUGAGGCAAACUGCCCAGAAGAGAACACCGAGGCACCUUCCCCCGACCACUUCUACUGUGACAACGGGCGCCGCAUCCCUUACCGCUGGAAGUGUGACGGGAGUGACGACUGCAUGGACGGAUCAGACGAAAGGUUCUGCAGUGGGACUCAAACCGGUACUCUACCCCCGCUGUGCAUGGCUGGGGAGGUGCAGUGCGGCCUCACCUGUAUCCUGGAGAAGUGGGUGUGUGACGGUAAGGCGGACUGCGAGGAUGGCACGGAUGAGAAAAACUGCCCCGCCCAGUGUCCUGAGGGUCAGUUCAAGUGCGCUAAUGCAGGAUGUGUGCCAGCUGAGAGGAGGUGUGAUGGCACCGUGCAGUGCAUGGACAGCUCAGAUGAACAGGAUUGUGACAUGCAGACGACCCCCACAUCGAAGAGCAACAACACUUGUGCCUCAGACAGUCAGUUCUCCUGCGGGGGUGGCAACUGCAUCCGAAGCAGCGCAUGUGUGACGGCAUCAAUGAUUGCAGUAACGGAGAGGACGUUGGUGCAGCUGUGUGGCAUUGACGAGUGCCGGGAGAAGAAUGGCGGGUGUGAGCACCUCUGCGUCAACACUCGAGAGUCGUACUACUGCCAGUGCCGGCCGGGAUACAGACUCGUCAGGAAGUUCAACUGUGAAGACAUUGACGAGUGCGUGGAGUCGCCCGGAUCCUGCUCCCAGAAGUGCACUAACACCAUUGGUGGCUUCCAUUGUUCGUGUCAGCCUGGCUACCGUCGUGACCCUUCCAACUACACACGCUGCAAGGCUGAUUCUGGCGAUCCCUACCUUAUCUUCUCCCACAGCUACGACAUUCGCAUCCUGAGACUGAAGGACGGAGAGCUGACCACCCUCGUCAAGGAUGCUAGGAGAGCCACUGCCUUCGACUUUCAGUACAAAACCAACCACAUCAUUUGGUGCGACAACAAGGACAAGAAAAUAAAGAGAGCCCACAUGAGCACCCCAGAGACUCCUGAAGUGCUCGUGGAGAAGGACCAGAUGACAGUGGAUGGUCUUGCAGUCGACUGGAUCCAUGGAAACAUUUACUACACAGACAUCUCGGCAAACAAGAUUCAGAUGAUUUCCUGGGACAGCAGCUGGACCCGCACCAUUGUCGCUGAUGAACUGGAUCUUCCCCGCGCCAUUGCUGUGAAUCCCGUUGAUGGGUAUGUGUACUGGACUGACUGGGGAAAUGCACCCAAGAUUGAACGCUCCGGUCUGGAUGGCACUGAUAGGACCCCUCUCAUCACUGCUCCCGAAGUGCACUGGCCCAACGGCAUCACUGUGGACUACACCAACCAGAAGCUGUACUGGUGUGACGGUUACCUCAACAAGAUUAAGAUGUCUAACAUGGAUGGAUCGGGAGUCGAGACUGUGCUGUACUCGUCUGAGGUGCUGCGUCUGCCCUACUCUGUAUCGGUGUUUGAGGACAGACUGUACUGGGUGGACUGGUCUGAGAUUGGACUCUUCAGCGCUGACAAGUUCAAUGGAGAUAACAUUCAGCACGUGUCUGCCGGCCACCUGCUGGAGGCUCCUCGAGUCGUGCACGUCUACCACCAGUACCGCCAGCCCCCGACGGAGAACGUGUGUGAGGGCCACGAGUGCGCCCACUUCUGCGUCCGCACCUCUCAGGGACAACCCAUGUGCAUCUGUGCCGACGGUUUCUCAGUCUCCCAUGACGGAAUCACUUGUAUUAACGAUACCAUUGUUAUCGUGUCCCCUGACCGUAAUAACGAGGAUGAAGGGAUGGUGAAAGCAGCAGUGUUCGGUCCGCCCGGCGGCAGCAACGGUGGGGAGAAGACGGUCAUUGAAGCUGGCAUGGUGCUGGGUGUUGUGCUGGGCUCCCUCGUGGUUCUUGGCCUAGCUGUUGGGAUGUUUGUCGGGUUCGUGAAGAUGCGUCGACGUGUUAUCAUCCACACUCGCUUCCCCAACCCAGUGUACCACAAGACAACAGGCAUUGAGGAGGACGGGAGCGGCUACACCAUUGAACAGGACGGCAUUAUAUUCGUCCCACAGGAGUAUGACUACAGCGAAGCCCAGAAUAAAGUGUUGAUUGACCAUGAUGAUUCAGUGCUACUAACACCCAAAAAGUGAGGGAAGUGUUUGUUUGGAGUGAGCGCACAAGACUUACAACAGAGACCAGACUGCUACUGCCGGUGUAGCCAAAGGAACAGGAGGAGGAGGAGGAGAAGGAUGAAGAAGAGGGAGAUUCUUGAAGACGUACCAAAGAAGUUUUGAAGGUUGGCCACAAAUCUUCAUCACUGGUGUAGUGUAUUUCAUAGACCAUUUGUAGAUUGCGUGGAUAAGUUUGUAGAUUUUGUAAACAGAGUUGUAGAUGUGUAGUGGGUAAGGUUUUUUGCAAUGCCUUAUUUAUACCAGCAGAAAACAGUGAUAUGUAGAAGUUAUGCAUAGCAUUGUGAUAGGAAUGUACAGUGUACAUAUGUAUAUAGUAUUUAAAAGAGGAGAGUGUAGACCAAGAGAGGAAAGUAACCUCUUGGGACACGAGUCCUCUGCUCAUCACUCAUCAUUCCUGUCACCCAUCAUGAUCGUUUAUGCCUUAAGGACCAAAUGACCAACGUGUUCACUCCAUGCUGGAAUUCACCAUGGAGAAACACGUAAUGAAGAUAACGUUCCUUACUAAGAGACGCCAUCUUCUUUGUGAGCAUGCUGCCAGUCAGACAUGAACCGUUCAACGCGGUGAAUGACACAUGUCUUGCUGCCAGGCCAUGACAGUAGAUUAGUACCAAGUAGUUGUUGUUAAGGGUGGUAGUAGUGGUGGAGUGCUUCUCACCCUAUUGCAAGGUGUGAUGUAGAUGUAGCUCUGUCUGACUGAAACAAGUAGUGAUCACAAGAACCUGUUCCUUCUUGUGUGUCUCAAAGAUAGACCACAAAGGUGUGUCUUUUGUUUUCUGUUGUGAAGCACAAAGGUAUUGUUACGUGUUUCCGAAGAUGAUGUUUUGUGAGUCUUUCAAUGCAAUACUUACUUGGUUUAAGUUUCUGGCCAAUGUCUUAUCACAUGCUGUAGAUUUUUGUUAUUUAUAUUUAUUUUUUAUACCUAGUGAUAAGACGAUAUCUUGUGAAUGAUACUCCUAUAUAUUUCUAAUGGCAACACAAUAUAUCUCUUGAUAUAAUAAAAUGCAUAAUAUAU